AUGAUUACGGUCGAAGUCGAGAAAGCCCCGCCGUACGUGGCUCUAUCAUACACCUGGGGAUCUAAGAGUCUAUCAAAAGCCGUUCAUGUGAACGGCUGCGACAUCCGUAUCACGGCUAACCUGGCCGAUGCAAUCGAUGCCAUCUUCGUCUUCGCAAGGGAACGGAAUCUGAUGUUCUGGGCAGACUCGAUCUGCAUCAACCAGUCAGACGUCCACGAGCGCAGCAGACAAGUGCGCCUCAUGAAUACAAUAUACCGUUCAGCGGAGAUAGUCGCCAUUUGGCUUGGCCAAGCUUCGCAUGAUAGCGACCUCGCAUUCGAUAAAAUGAAAGAAUGGAAGGUGAAGUUUGACGAUUUGAAGCAGCAAUGGAAUGGCUCCGAGGAGUUGGCAGCUUUGCGUAUGAUAUGCCGCCGGCCCUGGUGGAAAAGAGCUUGGAUAGUGCAAGAG